CAAAUCUAUAUCAUCAGUGAUAAUAUCUAAUUGAUACAAAUCAAACAAUUUAUGAAAAGCAUAAAUGUUAUGGGAAGUUGAUGGCUGAGUUCGACAGAACGUAGAAACAAUGGCCACGCAAUAUUCAUAUUGCGUUAUUUUUUUGGCUACGUUCGGAGCCUUCCUUGCAGCUACAGUCGUUGGUUGGUCAUCGCCAAUGAUGGAGAAACUGAAGGAAUUGGACGAUAAUCCCUUAGAAAGAAAAAUAACUUCUUCAGAGAGUAGUUGGUUAUCAUCACUUGCAAUUCUAGGCUCAAGUGUGGGUUGCAUAACUGUCUCAAUGCUUGGGAACAAAUUUGGCCGAAAAACAGUUUUAAUUUCGGGAGGUGUUGCAGUGCUGAUUUCUUAUUUGACGAUGACCUGGACCAAAACCGUAUACCAACUCCUUAUAGGUAGACUCUUCACAGGUUUUGGAGUUGGUGUAAUAUUCUCAACAUUGCCGAUAUAUUUCGGUGAAAUGGCAGAAGCGAAGAACAGAGGUAUCAUAAGCACUUCGAUAGUAAUUUUCAUGAAUGGAGGUAUGAUUUAUUCCAGUAUAGCAGGAGCUUACUUCUCUUAUUUGUGGUUUCAUUUAACUCUGGUAGCAUUUUCUGCUAUUUACACCAUUUUAUUAUUCAUUUACGGGACGGAGACUCCCUAUUACAUGAUUAGAUCUGAUAGGUCCAAGGCUGAAAGGAUCUUGAUGAAACUAAGAGGCUAUGGUCAAUAUGACGAAACCUUGGACCAAAUGGAGGAAUCUCUUCAUACCGCAUCUAAAGUAUCUUUUAUGGAAAUUUUGAAUAGUAAAUCCACCAUAAAAACGCUUAUCAUAGGUAUUGGUGGAAUAACUUUCGCUCAACUCACUGGUACAAGCAUAAUGGUUGCUUAUACCCAAACUAUUUUGAAGGAUGCUGGAGUAAGUAUAGCUCCAGAAGAUGGACCUAUCAUUUUAAGCAUCAUCCAAUUCGUUACUUCCAUAAUUGUAUGUGUAGUUGCUGACAAGUUCCCAAGAAAAUUUCUCUUGGCUAUUUCCCAUGCUGGGAUAUCGUUUUCACAAAUACCACUAGGUGUUUACUUCAAUCUCAAAAAUAGCAAUUACGAAGGGAUAGAAAAAAUCUCUUGGCUGCCUUUAAUUUGUAUGAUAAUAUACGCAGUGAUGUAUUGCAUUGGUGUUGGACCGAUCUUGAUGACAUUUUUAGGCGAGUUGUUUGCACCGAAAGUGAAGAACGCAGUUGUGUCUUGGUUGAUAGCGUACAAUUUGCUCGGAAAUUUUCUAAUGACAUUUUUGUACAAUGAUUUGGAAAGUGCUAUGGGAAAAGAUUACUUACUUUGGAUUUCAUCAGCUUGUGGAUUUGUAGCUGUGGUAUUUGUUAUGUUGGUCAUGGUAGAAACGAAAGGUAAAACUCUUCAGGAGAUCCAAGAUGAACUCAAUCAUCGGUAUAACUCUCCUGCAAAAUGAAAACGCUGUUAGGAAAAUUAUAAAAAGAUUCACAUAUUCUUUCAUAUUGAACCAUAAAAACACGUUGAAAAUUUGAUGUUCACAUUACAGUUGUACAAUUCAUUCUCAUGAUUCAUUGAACAUGAAAUGUUAAAAAGGAUCAGUCAUAUUACUUGUCUAUUGUACGAGAAUAUAUCCAGAACUGCUGCAGAAUAUUUCUCAGGAUUAUUUGUAAUUCAAUAUUUACAUCAUGUAUAAACUAGUAGGUAUGACACAGAUAAUUAUAUUUUUGUAAUUAAUAAAAAUUAUUCAAAA